GCUGGGGGCUCCAGGGCCCAGGUGGGGAGCCCAGGACGCAGGGGGACCGACCCCACUGAAGUUCUGCCCUCAGAGGAAGCCGGGCAUUACCAAACGGGCCGGGCCCAGUCCCUCGUCCUGGCCCUGCGGCCUAGCGCUGAACUCUGGCUUCAGAAACCCUACCUGACCCCCGACCUCUGCCCCGAUUUGACCCCGACCCCCAGGCAACCCAUCUAGGCAGCCUUCAGCCCUAGAGCCUGGGCCUGGCUGGGCAAAGGCAGGGGCUGCGGCGUGAGAAGUUUGGGCCCUCCUGCGCUCCGUAGCCCGGCACUUUCCCGGCUGGGCACUGGGCAGGGGGCUGGGGGUUCCUGCCUGGCCUGGGCUGGGCCAGGGACCACCCUGCUCUGAGCCAGGUUUCCAGGGUUGGGGUGCGGUGGGGGCCGGGGCAGGAGCUGUGCCUGAGCCCGGGCGUCCGGGCAGGCAGAGCAGGGCGAGCCCUGUGGGCCAGAUGCCUCAGGACCCAGGAAGCCUGGGCAGGAGGUGUGGUGGGGGGUGGGUUCCAGGGAGGCCGGAGGGUCCAGCUGGGGCCCUGGGGAUGGGGGCGAGUGCCCCAGGCGCCGUCUGUUUUGCAGGCAGCUCUUUGGACAUGGACGCAUUCCAGAAGGUAGAGAAGAUCGGAGAGGGCACCUAUGGGGUGGUGUAUAAGGCCAAGAACACGGAGACGGGGCAGCUCGUGGCCCUCAAGAAGAUCAGGCUGGAUUCGGAGACCGAGGGGGUCCCGAGCACUGCCAUCAGGGAGAUCUCCCUGCUCAAAGAGCUGAAGCACCCCAACAUCGUCAGGCUGCUGGACGUGGUGCACAGUGAGAAGAAGCUGUACCUGGUGUUCGAGUUUCUCAGCCAGGACCUGAAGAAGUUCAUGGACUCCACCCCGGCCUCCGAGCUCCCCUUGCACUUGGUCAAGAGCUACCUCUUCCAGCUGCUGCAGGGCGUGAAUUUCUGCCACUCCCAUCGGGUCAUCCACCGAGACCUGAAGCCCCAGAAUCUGCUCAUCAAUGAGUUGGGUGCCAUCAAGCUGGCCGACUUUGGACUGGCGCGAGCCUUCGGGGUCCCCCUACGCACCUAUACCCAUGAGGUGGUGACACUCUGGUAUCGCGCCCCCGAGAUCCUUUUGGGCAGCAAGUUCUACUCGACAGCUGUGGAUAUCUGGAGCAUUGGUUGCAUCUUUGCAGAAAUGGUGAUCCGCAGAGCCCUGUUUCCUGGCGACUCUGAGAUCGACCAGCUCUUUCGUAUCUUUCGCACCCUGGGGACACCCAGUGAAGCCGUGUGGCCAGGGGUCACCCAGCUGCCUGACUAUAAGGGAAGCUUCCCCAAGUGGAACAGGAAGGGGCUGGAGGAGAUUGUGCCCAAUCUGGAACCUGAAGGCCAGGACCUGCUCAUGGUAGGUACAGCAACUCCUACAGUACGACCCUGACCAGCGGAUUUCAGCCAAGACCGCCCUUGCCCAUCCAUACUUCUCGUCCGCUGAGGCCUCCCCGGUCCCCCACCAGUGUGUGCUGGAGCGUUUUUGCCGCUGAGAACAUGUGAGGCCACUGUCUUGAAGCCUCUCCCCAGCGGCUGCCCCAGCCACCUCCCCACGCACUUGCUGAGAAGGACAACAUCUGGGAGAGGGCAAAGCUCUGAGGAGUUUGGCGUCAGCCAUCGGAGGGCUGAGUUUGGGUUAGUCCUGCCCUAGGUUAGCGAGUUCCUGUGUUGUUUUUUGGGUUGGAUGGCGCCGUUUCAAGAUGGGGACACAGAAGCUCAGUGCAUGAGGGGGCACGUUAGAGACUGGGUCCCCUGGCACUGGCACAGGUGCCCAGCAGAGCAGGAAGCCUGCUGGGGCCGCAAGCGAGGCCCUCAUCCGACCUUCACCUGCCCAGCCCUCAGCGGCUGUGUCAGAUCCUGCGGGAAAGGGUGCCCUCUGCUGGUCUUUUUGGAUUUAAAAUGUUUUGGGGAAGAGUUGCGUUCCAGUGAAGAGUCAGUCUCCAGUUAAACAGGAAGCAGGGUGAGAGCGAGAGGGGACAUUUUCCUGGUCCCAGGGGAGGUCGGGGUGUGCGUGGCUGUUGUGCGCAGUUGUCACCCACAGUAUGCUUACAUUUGUUUGCCUCUGGCGUUAACGGGAAAUAAAAGCCAUGCACUCUGA